AUGGCAACGACGACGUCCGAGUUCUUCAAGACGCAGUCGCCGCCAUACACAGACCCGCCUAGAGUCGGCCAUACUGUGUUUAUGACGACAAUAUGGGCUGUGACUGCGGUAUCGUUUUCGUUCCUCGGAGUAAGGAUUUUUUCGCGGAUACGCAGCAUUAAACGACUGCAUGGGGACGACUACCUUGUGAUAUUUGCCUGGGGCUUAUCACUGCUCAGUGCUACAUGUUGGCACUUCAUCUCGCCCAAGAUGUACGAAGUUCAAGCCAUUGGAAGUGGGGACAUCUGGCCACCUCCAGACAAUGUAAUAACGCGGACGAAGCAAUAUUUCAGCGGUCAGCUAAUCGUCAUUGCAUUCUUUCACGCCAUUCUAUACUUCAUCAAGAUGUCCUUCAUGAUAUUCUUCAAGAAGCUGGGCAAGGAUAUCCCCACACUUACUGUGUAUUGGUAUGGAGUAUUUGCAUUUACUGGCGCGGCUUUCUUGGUUACCCUAGGCACUAUGGACUACCAGUGCAUGAUAUCCGCCUUCGAAGACAUUCUCGCAAAAUGUCUCUCCCCCGACGGCAAAGCUCGGAUCUUAUUCGCGUUACGACUUGCCACGGCACUGGACGUAACCACCGACUGUUUAGUCAUGACAAUCCCCUUCAGCAUUCUUUGGCGCGUCCGCAUCCCACUAAAACGCCGCCUUGCCCUCUUCGGCAUCUUCUCUCUCGUUCUUAUCACGAUCGCCUUCUCCAUUACCCGUCUCGCUGUUAUCAGUCAUAACCUCGCCGACCCGUCCUGGCUCUACAUGUGGAGCUCCAUUGAGCAAAACAUCGCUAUUCUCGUAGCUUGUCUUGGCUCCUUUAAAACUCUUUUUUCGGCCGAAGGUACCUCGUUGGAUCAACCGCAAUUCAGCUUAAGAGAGGCAACGAGAGAAGUCAUCUCGAGCUCACGGUCACGGUUUCGGAGUCGGGGUUCGGGCAAUUCUCGUGGGAGGGGAAGGAGUGGAAAUGGGGUUGGGACGGACGGGGAUAAUUGGAGUGCAAGCGACUUGCCGUACUUAUCGCCCUGGAAUGGGACUGCAGAAGCGACGAGUGAUCAAGAGAGGGCCUCGGAGUCGGCAAGUUCUGAGUUGCGGGUUUUGAAGAGAACGGUUGUGAGGAUGAGGGAUCGGUGAAACGGAUGUUGCUUUACGACUUUUUGGUUCAUGCGCAGGGGAGGGAUUGGUCAAGCGAAUGCAGCAAGUUGGCCUUCUCGUUAUGAGAGAUGCAAUGCUCAGCUUCCCUCGUGGUAUAUUAUUCACGAACAUAAACAUCGUCACGGGUUUUAUGGAGCUAGCAACGGAUAGGAUGACAUGGGAAAGAUUUGAGUCGAAUCCAAGAGAUUCGCGCGGUACCGAAACAUGGCACACCGGCAACGCAACGCCGUCUCUACGAUUGCCUUCAGCCCAACCUUCACCAUAAUGACCCGGAACUAGGAGGAAUUGGAAAGAAGCAAAGAUGUGGAUCUCAGCUUGAGACGGCGAGUCUUGGCGGUGGAGGAACUAGGCUCGCGUGCCAAUUGAACAACAGCCCUCCAGCGUUCGAGCGUAUUCUAAGAGGAUAAGAAGGCGAGAAGUGGAUACCAAGUGGAAGACAUACUCGCUUCUCGCCGGAGGCAGCU